GGCGGAAAAGUUUGUCGUUUGGUCGAGAUUAUAACGGUCUGAGAGCUCACAAGCAGCCAGCUCCUUCUAAAGCGCACUUUCUUCAUUUGUUUCUCUCCCUCUCUUCUUUUAAUCCAACAUGAACAGAGUUAUCCUCCAGCUUUUUGCAGUCGGAUUGUGCUUUGCAAUCGGCCAAGCGCUCUUAUGCUACCAAUGCCCCAUUGGGUUUGGAAGCCUGUGUGUGACAUCUGAAAAAACAUGUGCAAGCGGCGAACAGUGCUACAGUGGAGUUGGGAAAGCAAUUGGAUUUUUGGACAUCAAGAUGAAGGGUUGCCUAGCAGUAGCAAACUGCAACAAGACUGAAGAUGUGGACUUUGGCACAAACAAGACCGUCUACAAGAUGACCAAGACAUGCUGCAACACAGACCUGUGCAACGCAGCACCCGGCGUGCCCGGCAUCCCCACGCUGACCCUAGCCCUCGCCACCAUCUCUGCUGUGUUUGUGGGAAACCUCCUGGUUUGACAGAUGCCACCAGUGUAAAAUGCAAACAUGGAUGCAACACACACCAGAGAUUCGAUAAAUUGUCCUUAAACAUGAGGUUUUUGUAAUCAUGGAGAGUUUUUUCUGUUCUUUUUUUUUUUUUUUUUUUUUUUUCAUUAUGGGUCUUUUGUUUACGGUCCUUGAGGUAUGUUGCAGUUUUGAUUUCAGAUGUUUUUCAAUUAAUUCAAUCUUUUAAACAUUUUUCUUGAUUUGUGUCAGCCUGCAUUUCACUGUAACAGAUGCUUAAAGUCUGUUUAUAUUAAUCGGGUGUAAUACUGAUAUCAAAGUGCAUUUUGGUGUAAUUGAAUCACCUGUGAGGAAUUUCGUAAUCGUUUUCUAGCUCUGUUGCUGUCGGUACGCCUCAAACGAAGAGUUUGAUACUCUGAGUAUCGCUGCCAGCGUUGCAUUUGAAGAUGGUGGGGGGGGGGGCUUAAUUUUAAGCCUAAACCAAAUGUGUUUCUUAUCUUACUGAGUGGAAACUAAGAGGGGCAGUAAGUGGAGCCUAGCUGUAUAACAUUCAUUACUACCUGUGAAACCUAAAGCAUAAAGGGUGUUUAUGAACGCAUUAUGGAGCUUAAGGCUGGCACCAGUUCAUCAUUCCUGUUUCUUUUUUUUCUUUUUUCCCUCUAAAUAUAACUUUACAGUUUCCACACUGUCCAUUUACUCUGAUUUUGGUACUGUCAGUUUAGUCAUAAUAUUCAUAUGCUAACCGAAACACACAUGAUCUCAUAUUUUUCUAACUAUAUUGUUUGUUUUUUAAAUUGUCCAGUCCCCUUUAAAGAAUCUUCAUCGGUUCAAUUUUUUCCAUUUGUCACAUUCGCACUGCUCACAAGCUGUGAGGUAAAAGCGUUUUUUUUUUUUU